UUCUCUUUGUAUUACUUUCGCGUUAGUGAAGUUAGUGAUAUAAUUUUGGUGUUUUAUUUAAUAGCAACAAGUAUAUAAUAUUGAUAUAUGGCAAAACUAUUAUUAAAGUUGGUUGAUAUUGAGUCAAAGCUUGUUUGGUUGUAUAUUAAAAAGACUAAGUGUGAAAUAGAGAUUAUCAAGGUCAAUGAUGAUUCUCAUCAGGAUUCUUUACCUGUUUUGAACAUCUUUCCUUACCUUAUUGAUGGAGAAAUAGAAGUCUGGGGAGUACAACCUGUUCUGUCGUAUCUGGUAGAGAAAUAUGGCUACAGUGAUUUGUAUAAUUCUGAAAUGAAAAUAAAACUCAAUACUACACUUUCGUGGAUAUCAUCAACGCUAUGCAGAUAUGUAUUAUUAAGUUAUGUAUUUCCUCAAUCAAAAGAUGAUUUUAAACUUGAAAAUGGUAAUGGUUCACUGAUUGCGUAUGGUCUACAAAAAAUUAAUGAUCUAUUACACUUACUUGAGGAAGGUUUUUUUACUACAAAUUGUUCAAUGUUAGAAACACAAGUUACAAUUUGUGAUUAUUAUCUUGCAUUGGUUUUGAUGGAACUUAUUCAAUACAAUUUUGAUUUUUCAAAGUAUCCUAAAUUGAACAUAUGGAAUGAGAGAUUUUUUACAGAGAUCAGAUCUAUCAUGUUUUAAUGUUUUUUUAUUGUAGUACUUUUUUUAUAAAUAAUAAUGAAUUCUGUAUAUAAUAAUGUUUUUUU